AUGGAGGACAACGAGCCUGGGAAAAUCUCCGCGUACUCGUGGGAACCGAACUUCGCCUUCCCGCCGCCGGAAAACAAGCCGUCGUCGUACGGGCUGCUCAGAGAGAAGGAGGAGGACGUGGAGGAUGCGGUUGAGUGUUUUCUUCUGUGCGGCGGGGGACGGGACAGCGACUCCAUGGGGUUUUUUAAUGGGAUUUUCUUGUUCGCCGGCAAGGGGUUUUUGUCUCCAGAAAAGAGGCUUUGCAAGUCGGACAACGGGAAGAAGGAAGAGAGAGUAAGGAUGGCAGCGGUUCGGGUUCGGAGGUUCGGAUCGGAUGGAACCUCAGGGCACCCAAAACCAAAACCCAAACUUAAAAACCAAAACCAAAACCAAAAUUGUUUCGGAGUACCAGGCAACCAGUCACAAAUUAGCAAGUACCAACGUACAGUACAAGCCAUAAAGGUAGUAGAGUACAUAGCUAAGCCAAGCCAUGUGCCCAGCCCAUGUCCAGACUCCAGAAACAUAGAAAUAGAAGUUCAAGGCCUUCAGGCACACACACAUACACAUAUACUCACGCACGGGAGUCGGGAGAGGAGAAGAGUUCGGUCGGCAUUUUUUUUAGUCGGGAUGUUGGUGGCGGCGCGGCUGUUGGUCACGCAGGCACGGGAGAGGAUAAGAGGCAGAAGAAAUUUCCACUUAUAUAGCUAG